CUCAUGGCCACCACGUCUACCAAGUGUGAACGGGAUGGUAGCAUACAGUCACCUGGUGCCGCUCGCCGGUCAUCUCCGCUGCGGUACUUGCUCUUCUCGCUCCUCUUCCACCUCCUCUUCACAGUGUCCAUCUUUGACAUCUACUUUACUUCCCCCGUGGUCCAUCCCACCAAGAGGUACUCGCUCAAAGACAGCAUCGAUGGAGAGCCAGUCGAUGCAGACAUCAAAGCUCCUGCCGAUCGACUGGUGCUUAUAGUCGGGGAUGGUCUACGGGCCGACACGCUCUACAAGGAGCAUCCUCCGAGCAUGCUCCCAGACUGGGCCAAGAAGGAUCUACAGCAGAGCAGCGCCGAUGCUUAUCCCUGGACCUCGGCACUGAAGGUUGAAAAGCAGCUCGAAAAGUCUUCCAUAGACACUUCGAAGCCUCCAGGUCCCUUUUUCGCAGCACCACACCUGCGCAACAUCGCACUCAAUCGAGGAACGUGGGGCAUCAGCCAUACGCGUGUGCCCACAGAAAGCAGGCCAGGCCACGUAGCGCUCAUCGCAGGAAUGUACGAAGACGUCUCCGCCGUCACAAAGGGCUGGAAGUUGAAUCCCGUCGACUUUGAUUCGCUCAUGAACGUCUCCACACAUGCCUACACCUUUGGCUCGCCAGAUAUUCUGCCUAUGUUCGCAAAGGGGGCAGAGCCAGGGCGUGUGGACAUGUGGAUGUACAAUGAGGCGGCCGAGGACUUUACCAAAGAUGCCACGCAUCUGGACCUCUGGGUCCUCCACCGACUCGAGGAGCUCUUCGACGCCGCCAGAUCCAACCAUACACUCGCUGCUGAGCUGAAGCGGCCGGGUAACGUGUUCUUCCUGCAUCUUUUGGGCUUAGACACCACCGGACACACCUACCGUCCUCAUUCUCCGGAGUACGUAGGCAACCUCAUCGUUGUCGAUGCUAUCACGCGACGAGUUGAAGAGCUCUUCACAGACUUCUUCCAAGAAGAGGAUCAAGAGGAGAGUCGCACCGCCUUCAUCUUCAGUGCUGACCAUGGCAUGAGCACAAAGGGAAACCAUGGAGAUGGUGAGCCCGACAACACUAGGACUCCCAUUGUUGCGUGGGGAUCCGGCUUGCGAGGGCCACGGACAGUGGCUUGGGAUGAGCCUCAAGGAGCCGUACAGCUGGCUCGCCGAGCCAAGGAAGAGGAGACUGACGCCUACUAUGACGAUUGGAAAGGCCUAGAGAUGCUCGAUCGAGAAGACAUCGAGCAGGCCGAUGUGACAGCCUUGAUGGCUACUCUGCUGGCUCUACCUCUGCCGGCGAAUUCCGAGGGUCGCUUGCCCCUGGGCUUCGUGCAUGUGAUUCCCGAAGUAGCCGCUCGAGCUAUGCUUGCUAAUGCCCUCGAAGUACUCGAGAUCUACAGGGUGAAAGAUCAGCAGCGACGCGACCGCCUACUGAGGUACGCACCCUUCCACAAGCUCCAUGAUAGGGAAGAGCCCGACGCCUUACCUGGAGCUCGUGAAAUCGCAAUGAUCAAGAAUCAAAUCAAGGCUUACCGCUUUAAAGCCUCCAUGGACAGUAGCAACGUCCUGAUCGAUGUCGCACUCGAGGGAGCCAAGUAUCUGCAAACGUACGACUGGUUGCUGCUGGUCAGCAUCAUCACAGCAGGCUACUUAGGAUCCAUACUCUACGGUGUCAUUCACUUACUGCGCUCGCAUGCAUUGACAUCAAGUGAAGCUGAGAUGAUCGAUCAUAGCUCCGCACGAAGUGGAGUCCUGUCGUUAGGCAAUCUCCUGGCAGGAUCGACGCUGGCUUUGUUCUGUGCCAAGUUCUUCGCUGAGCAGGCGCCUCUGACAUACUACGCCUACGUCGCCUCUACCGCACUUCUAUGGAGUCGUGUCAUCGAUCAGCGGAGAGUCAUUCGCUACGUCUGGACCAAGGCAACACGGAAGGACUCUCUGUCCGUGGCCAGGAGACUCGCCAUCCUCUUCAUCUUCCUCAUUGCCGCUCUGGAGCUGAUCGUCUUUGGUUACCUGCAGCGGUACGCCUGGUCCCUGGGCUUCUUCAUCCUCGGCUUCGGAUGGCCAUUUUCUGCCCUCGAUGAUGCCCAAAGGAGCAAGAACGAGGGUCUGCUCCUCCUGUGGGGUCUCUCCUGCGUUGGCGCUGCCCUUUUUACGUUGGCCGGCGUAGAGAAGGAGGAGAGCUUGCUACUGCUUGGCUUUACGGGCUUGCUGUUUAUGGCUGCGGGAGUGGCAGCUGUCAGGUAUCCGGGCAUCUUCCUCGCUGCAAAGGAGACGACGACGACAAAGGGCCAAAGGGAAGACCCGAUGAUGAGACGUACCCAGCACGUCAUCAAGGCUCAGACGGCUCUCAUAGCCGUGAGCACCACUGUGACACUCUCCUCAUCGUAUCACUUGCAGAACAAGCUUGGUCUGCCCCUCGUGAACCAGAUCAUAGGUUGGGGAGUACUGUGUAGCGCUACUACCCUGCCCUUCCUCUUUGGCUUCCAAAGAGGCGAGCAUAGACAGCCAGCAGCACAGCGUCUGGCCAUCAUCAUCUUCGCCGCUGCGCCCCUCUUCAUUCUGCUCAGUCUGCGGGACGAAGCCCUGUUCUUUGGCGUGUACACCCUCACCUUGCUCAUCUGGGCAAAAAUGGAAGGUGCCGUGCUCGAGGAAAAGGUAGUCAAGGCUCGCAAUGCUGGCCAUCUGACUGGAUCUCUGGCAUUACCUCGGACAGUAGGUCUGGAGGAAGUGCGAACAGCGCUAGUCUUUCUGUUCCUCUUGCACGUCGGCUUCUUCGGUACAGGCAACAUCGCUUCCAUCUCCUCCUUUUACCUUUCUCCAGUUUACCGUCUCAUACCCGUCUUUGCCCCCUUUACAAUGGCUGCACUCCUAAUCCUCAAGAUCCUCGUACCAUUCAUCGUCCUCUGCUCCGUCUUCCACUUUCUCUGCACCGGUCAGCCGAGUGGGAGAGUAUUGGGAACUUAUCGACCCGGAGAGGAGGGGCAGCUCGCAGGCCCACCCCUCUUUGGACCUCACGCCAUUGGCGGUCUCGGUCUCGAGUCGUCGCACGGACUAGUCUUGAUUGCCUCGAUUGCCGCCGAUGUCCUAGCGCUGAAUUUCCUCUUUAGCGUGCAGACUAGUGGAGCUUGGUUGGAGAUUGGUAGGAGCAUCACCCAUUUCGCCAUGGCGAAUUUGCUCAUCGUCUUCAUGUUUGGGUUGAGCGCAAUUGCAGAAGCCUUGUAUUAG